CUUUUCGUCUACUGGCGCCCAUUGUCCCAAGUCCGCAACGAAGGCCAAUUUUCCAGGGGCAAACCGCACGGGAAGUAUCAAUUCGACGGCGUAUGGAACUACGAGCGUGAUCGAGAUAAUCUGCUUCUCACACAAGGGCAAUGCGAUCAAGCGUUCCCCGAUUUAUUUGCGGAAAUCGAUCGGGCGAGUGAAGCGCGCUCUCUCAAUCCUAUUACCAUCAAGGAGCUCGAUUCGAUCACACCGCGAAAUGGUUAUAUUCGUGCGAUGAUCUAUGACCAACAAGUAAAGGGAUCUAUUUGGUCGCGCGAAAUCGCGACCCUCGCCGCUAUCAAUCGAGCACUCGUCUCUUCGCCCGAACCCCUCCCUAAUAUCGAAUUUGCCUUCAACACCGAUGAUAGAAUUGACGAAGUCGCCCUAUGGGGCUAUGCCCGACGCUCGGAAGAUGACUUGAUCUGGCUGAUUCCCGAUUUUGGAUAUUGGUCAUGGCCCGAGAUCAAAGCCGGUUCGACCAAAGAAGUCCUUCUGAAAGUCGAGAGCGCGGAAAAGCAAGACGGCGUGGAUUGGUCGUCAAAAGCCAAGCAGCUUCUGUGGCGUGGGGUCGCGCGUAUGGGGCCGGAGAUCCGUGACAAACUUCUCGAGGUGACAAGCGGGAAAUCUUGGGCUAAUGUGAAGGAGCUGGGAUGGGGCGACCCGGCCAGCAUGAAGAACGAUUACAAAACGAUGCCCCAGCACUGCGAGUAUCAAUACGUUGCGCAGACAGAAGGAAACACCUAUUCGGGUCGCCUCAAGUAUCUCCAAAUGUGCCGAAGCGUGGUGGUUUCGCAUAAGCUGAACUGGAUUCAGCACCACUACCACUUGAUGCGAGCUUCAGGAUCGGAGCAGAACUUCGUUGAGGUCGAGCGCGACUGGUCAGACCUGGAAGAUAAGAUGAACUGGCUGUUGGCUCACGAUGAGGACGCUCAGCGGAUUGCGGAUAACAAUGUGAAGACCUUCCGUGAGCGCUAUCUCACCCAGUCGGCAGAGGUGUGCUAUUGGCGUCGUUUGAUUCGACAAUGGGCCACGGUCAGUGACUUUCAACCAGAGUUCUACAAAGAAGACGAGAAUGGGCAGAAGGUGUGGCGAGGCUUGAGUUUUGAAAGCUUCAUGUUAAUGCGGGCAAUGGACUGGCAGACUUAG